AUGGCAAUCGAUGGAGAGCAUGAACCGCCCAUGAUGCCUAAAGGUUGGAGAGAACCGGCCUCGUCAAUCCUUGCCACGCACCUCGCGCCGCGUCUGGCAACCCAAGGGCAUGAAUCAAACAUCAGCCGCGAAACUUUUGCACAACUACGCCAGGAACUUCUCGGCGAGACGCAUAGUCAAAUACGCGUCGAAGAGGAUGUUACCGACGUCAACAAACUCAUCUGCAUUGUUCUCAAGGCUGGUUUAGAGAUUAGCCCCAACGCCAGCGCCCCAGACUCCGACCUGGAAGGCCAAGUCCUUGACUGCUUGGAUAUCAUCCGUGCCAGUAUCGAGAAAGCCCCACAGGCCCUGUGGGAACCCUCUGAUCCAUCCAUAUUUGCCGAGGAUGUGCAUGCUCCUCUGUACACAUGGCUGAUCCUACGACUGAUCCGACUUGCUAACAUCUGGACCACCGAGAAUGUGCGAGAAAAAAUACAGCUGAUUUGGGCAAAUCUAGCUUAUAUCCAGCUAAGGCAGGCUCGUCCCUUGCCCGCAAGCUAUGCUGUCUCCGCUUUUCUGCGCGCUUGCACGUCAGACAUGCUUCUCUCGCUUGAAUCUUUGCAGAACAACAAUCCUCGAGAUGCACGAUUCAAGAGCCUGUCACUACCCGCAGCGGAUGGAUCGCUUGCCCAAGACGUUGAGCACCUUGGCAUCUCUCCCGGGAUACUAAUGCAGAAGACCGCCAUUGGGGGAUUCUUGCAGGCAUCUUCGUUAACAUGUAGAUUACUGGACGCAUUCAAUCCAAGGGGUGCGAUGAAACCCCGUGCCAAACACCAGGACUUCAUAGUUCGCCAGAACUUUUCCUGGAUGUUGAAUGGAUUCAACCGCCUCCGGAAAGUCAUUGUCGAAUGGUUGCAGAUGACGAGAAUCCAACUAAUGCCUGAGGAUGAAAGUGUGUGUCUACAAUAUUUGGCACACUUGCACCGUUGCAGCGCACCGGAGUCGACCUUUUCCGGUCUUCUUUCGAACAUGAGCUUGAUCUCUACAUGGUCACAGUGUCUGUGUGGAUUCCUGGGUGUUGACUGUAUCGAUCAAUUGCCCUCUGUCCAAGCCAUGUUGAGUCGUUUCCUAGAUGAUUUAUCACAGAUUGCCAAAAGUUCUAACUCAUUGGUGCCACAUUUGAGAGAAAUUUUACAUCCAACUUUGACCGAGAUCAAGGACGGUCAUUCCAUCUUUCAAUCUCUCGAGCUGUGUUUCCAGACAUCUCUUCAGAAUCUACAUACUCUCCUCUCGGAUGAUACCCUGCUGCUAACGCCGGAGUCCCCCAGAGAACAGCCAGUGGAGCAUCUAGGAGAAUCGAAGGUUAUACUUCAGAAGUCCGCUUUACUCCACCGCAUCGAUCCGCAGGGGGAGAUCAGAGCUUCGAAAAGAUUAUGUCUUCCUGGUUCCCCAAAUGAACCUAUCGAUCACGAUGUGCUCAAGCUGCUUGUAGGCAGAGUGUCUUCUAUCAUUCAAUCUGACUCAGGUGGGACGAUGGCAGAACUAUGCACUUCUGUUCAGAAAUCAUAUGAGAGCCUUUCGGAGCCCCAGAAAAAUGAAGUACUGGAUACUCUGGGCAAGAUGGCAUGUGCUGCAGCAGGGAUACUUUCGAAACAUUCAUCUGAAGUCAUCAUACGCGACACGUUCACUUGUCAAACAUGUGAUGCUGAACAGCCUACUGAUGAUCGCUUUGCUCAUGGAGACCCACCUGAUUUCGAGGAUAUCUGGUCAUUGUUCAAUUCCAUUCUACCGAGACUGACACGCAUUCCUGGUCCACGGAUUUCCGCUAUGGUGGCACUGAGGAGGAUUUUGACGCACGCUCCCCAUUCAAACCAAAUGCACAUCUCAACCUCAGCUUCUGGUGAAUUUUGUCUGCAUUCUCUCCGCAGCUCAAUCAGAGAACUGCGUAUUGCAACUGCACACUCAGUGGUGGCUUUUGUGAGGCCAAACUUGCCUAUAGAAAUCCGUCGGGCAAAUUUUGUUACAGUACUCGAAUGGCUUAGGAAUCUCUCCGGCAAGGAUGACACCCCUUUGCAGGAAGCUUGUAUCAUGACACUUUGUGGUUUGGCAAUAGUUUCGGAAGAUGAAGAGAAGAACAUUAUCCUUUUGCGGCUGCUGGAGUACCUCGGUCAUCCAAACCCGUAUGUCUGUGCAGUCGCUUACAACGAACUAUCUAAACUCGCGCAACACUUUUCUUUGACCCCUGCUGGCUUGUUUCGACCUUACUGGAGAACUUUGUCGGUAACAGUCGUCAAGAACCUUCAAUCUCGUCCUUACAUGGCUGAGCAAUUGUGCGAUUUGCUUGGCAUGAAAGUUGAUGGUUUCCUCCGACUAACCGAAAUCCACGUGCUGCCUUACUUGGUGCUGACACGAAAGCGAGAUAUCAUUUGCAGAAUCGGGGCUAGUCGCAAUGAAGGCGAGUCUGCCUUUGAUGUCUGCUCAGAAAAGAACAACCUGGCUGCAAUUCUCGCUUUCCUCUUGUCCCAAGAAUCAGAUAACCCCGAGGCCAUGAUCAUGUCUCUACUAGCAGAAAUUGAUCCUGCUUUCAAGGGUCGAUCUCUGGCAGAGUUGGUCAGAAUAGAGCCGAUCCUGAUUGCUUGUGACUUGCUGAAGAGUCUUGGCGAUGCAGGCGAGCAAAAGAAAGAGAGAUUCAACCAAGCCCUCCACCGAUUAGCCACGUUUGUUCCGCGGAAAAUCGUACACGGAGGCUCAUCAAAAAAAGCGGAUCUGAGUCACUUUAUCGAGGAGCACGUCCUCGGGAUAAUCACACAGUUUGCAAAUGCCAUCAACGACUUCCAGGUGAGACAGACGCUAGCAGAAAAACGGAGAAACAUCAAAGCCAUCGAAGAGAUGAUCAACAUCGCGCAAGGCCAUGUCAGCAGUGCAUUGCCUCAAGUGUGUGCUUGUCUUCGAUCUGCAUUGGAUAUUGAGGAACUAUGCGACUAUGCAUUUUCUGCUUGGAAGACAUUGAUCAGUUCCCUUAGUGAAGAGGACCUUGAGCCCAUCAUCGACCAAACACUAGCGAUUGUGAUCCGGUAUUGGGGUAUUAUGACUGGAGAAAGCAGAAGUCGCGCCUUUGAACUCAUCGACUACAUCUUGACAAAUCACUCCAGUCUCGUGCGAGAUACUUUCAACACCAUGCCUUCACUUGCGUCGAUUCCCGAGCUGGCCCCAUUUGAAGCCAAAAUCAAUGAUCUCAGGGCGCAAAUGGACGUACGAAGCCAAUUUUUGGCUUUGAUACGUCGAUGUCAAAGCGAAAACUCCACUGUUGUCGAGCAAGCUCUGAUGGAACUAACUCCUUUCCUGUCGGCGAAUGAGGAAUUCCUCCACGACUCUGUUCUGAGUGAACAGCCGGAUCCUGUUAUUGCGCAGUUGACGAGAUCGUUGCUAGAUUGCUGUGUGAAAUUCAGCACCAUCUCCGAUAAUAUUACUUUGCUUUCAGCUAGGUGUCUCGGACUUGUUGGCUGCCUUGAUCCAAAUCGGGUUGAGACGAUCAAAGAGAAAAAAGACAUACUUGUUUUGUCCAACUUUGACAGGAUGGAAGAGACAGUUGCGUUCAUCCUAUUCUUCCUACAGCACGUGUUGGUUGAAGCAUUUCUGUCUGCUUCCAAUACCCGGGCUCAGGGGUUUCUAGCAUGGGCAAUGCAAGGCUUGCUCAAAUUCUGCAAACUCAAUGCUCUCUUGACACAACGCUCUCGCGAUAUGCAGGGGGAUGAAAAAUACCAACGCUGGAUAGAGCUUCCGGAAAGCGUCCGAAACACUCUUACCCCAUUUCUUACGUCCACGUAUACUGUCACUGUUGUGACUAAUCAUUCUGAUGUCAAAUAUCCGCUGUUUUCUCCCAAGUUGACACACAGUGAAUGGCUCCGCACACUAGUACAGGAUCUUUUGCAAACUGGCAAUGGAGACAAUGCCAAAAUGGUGUUCUCGAUAUCGAGUCGUGUUGUGAAGGGCCAGGACAUUUCCAUUUCCUCGUUCCUUUUACCAUUUGCAGUGCUGAAUCGCAUUGUGGGAGGGACCAAGCAAGAGCAAGAUGACAUGCAGAACGAGCUGAUGAGUGUCCUUUCGCACCCGGUUACCGAGAUGAACAACAACGCUCGCGAGACAAUCAUAAGCAGCAGCCAGAGCGUUUUCGAAGUUCUAGACUACUUAUCCAGGUGGCUUCAAGGCAAGAAGAAGCACCUCAAUAGUCUGAACCACAACUCCAACCAUUCAAGUCGAUCAUACAAAGAUCUCAGCCGUGACGCUCUAAUUGAUAAAUACUCUUCACAGAUCAAGUCGGUCGAGAACCUGCUCUCUUCAAUCCCGCCCGAGGUUAUCUCUAAACGGGCUGUUGAAUGCAAAUCAUUCUCAAAAGCGCUUUUCCAUUGGGAACAGUACAUCCGAAAGUCUAGGGCUCACACAGAAGCAGAAGGACGAACCGGCCUCGAGCCCUUGUAUCAAAGAUUGCAAGAUAUCUACAGUCAAAUUGAUGAGCCUGAUGGCAUUGAAGGAAUUUCAAGCCAUCUGUCCGCAUUGGAUAUUGACCAACAGAUCCUUGAGCAUCGCAAAGCAGGGAGAUGGGCCACUGCGCAGAGUUGGUAUGAGUUGCAACUCGAAAAAGAGCCUGACAACAUUGAUGCGCAAUGGAAUCUCGUCACUUGCCUCAAAGAAUCUGGCCAACAAGAUGCUAUUCUCACCCGGUUUGAGGUUCUCAAGGAGAAUGAAUCAUCAGCUUCACGCUUCCUUCCAUACGCGGUUGAAUCGUCAUGGAUUAUGAGUAGAUGGGACAAGCUCGAGGGCUACCUUGAUCUUUGUGCUCGGCAAGGCACCGAAGAGUUCAAUGUCGGCAUAGGGUCAGCUCUCGACGCUCUACGCCGCAAGGAAAUGGGGCGAUUCACACAAAAAAUCAACGAACUUAGACUAAGCGUCGCCCGAUCUCUGACCACAAACUCCGCGGCAUCACUUCAAUCGUGCCAUGAUGACAUGCUUCGUUUACAUGCCUUGUCUGAAGUUGAGUCAAUCGCAAAGGCAGGGUCGGUUUCCUCGCACCCGAGCCUGCUCGGUACCCUGGACCGGCGAUUGGAUGUUUUGGGGGGUUAUCUCACCGACAAGCAAUAUCUUCUGGGACUAAGGAGAGCCACAAUGGAGCUAGCGGGUGAAUUUGCGAAUUCCGAUAUAUCAGCUGCAUGGCUCACUAGUGCUCGUCUUUCAAGGAAAGGCAACUUUAGUAGCCAGGCAUACCAUUCAAUGCUGAACGCUGCGCGGUUGAAAGACAGGUCUGCUACGAUUGAACACGCACGGCUCCUAUGGAAGGAUGGACAUCAUCGGAAAGCAAUUCAAACCCUUGAGGGAGCAAUCUCCGCCAAUGAAACCGCCCCAACCACAUCCUCUUCAGUUGAUCUUGAAGCCAUGUCAUUCCUCUCAGGCCGUGGGCAGCAUCAGAAUGAGUCCACUGCUCUUGCGCAUUUGAUGCUAGCCAAGUGGACGGAUAGAGCUGGCCAAACGCACUCACAGGCCAUUGUCCAGAGAUACCGAGAAGCCAUCAAGCUGUAUCCCAAGUGGGAGAGGGCGCACUACUACCUGGGCAAGCAUUACAACAAAAUUUUGGAGUCUGAAAAAGCCAAACCUUUGGGAAAGGAAGCCCAGAUAUACCUGAGUGGAGAAGCCACAAAGCUUGUUAUUGACAACUAUCUCCGUUCACUCACUUACGGAACCAAAUAUGUCUUCCAGACGUUGCCCAAGCUUCUGACUCUUUGGCUUGAGCAUGCCUCUAUUGUUGAACAGCCCAUCGACCCAAAGAGAGGUGAUAACGAAGAAUUCCAAAAACACACAAAAGCGCAAAGACAGAAGAGCCUUGAUGAGAUGCACUUGCAACUUAAGAAAUUUAUUGACAAGCGACUCCAAUCGGCUUUGUUGUUCACGAUCCUGCCCCAGGUGGUUGCACGAAUCUGUCACCCCAACACCACAGUCUAUGACCUCUUGACGCGCAUCGUAGCCAAAGCGGUUCAUAGUUUUCCACAGCAAGGCCUUUGGACAGUCCUUGCUGUCGUCAAGUCCUCUAACAAAGAUCGUGCAUCCAGGGGUUUCACUUGCCUGCAGAAAAUUGUGGAUUAUGGCAACAAGUCCAAGGGAGGAUCUGCAACAGCAGCAGAGAUUCGCCGGAUGAUCUCUCAAGGGACUAAAAUCUCAGAAGAACUACUUCAGCUAUGUCUUGCUACCGUAGAAGACAAGGCCUCGAAAGUCCAACUUGGUCGUCACUUGGGUUUCAACCACAAGGUCGCGCCGUGCCGACUGGUGGUUCCUUUCCAGGCGAUGUUGAUCCCAAGUCUCCCCGCUAGUCAGAACAUUGAAUACAUCAAAGGGUUUAGGGCCUUUCCUCGAGACCCAACAACCAUCGAAGCGGUUCUUGAUGAAGCCCAGAUUCUGAAUUCACUUCAGAAGCCACGCAAAAUCAGCUUGCGGGGGUCUGACGGCAAGGUCUACAAUGCACUCUGCAAACCCAAAGAUGAUCUCCGCAAAGACCAACGUCUCAUGGAAUUCAAUAAUAUGAUCAACAGAUUCUUGAAGAGGGACGUUGAGUCAAGCAAGCGGCGCAUGUACAUCAAAACAUAUGCCGUGACACCACUCAACGAAGAAUGUGGUCUCAUUGAAUGGGUUGACAACCUUCGUACAUUACGAGAGAUUGUCAUCAAGCUGCUGCGUGAAAGAGGCAUCGCCCCAAAUUACAACGAAAUUCGACACUAUCUCAACGAAAUCUGCACUGAUCGGUCAUUUGCAAAGCUGCCCUUGUUUACGAACAAGAUCCUAGCAAAGCUUCCCCCGGUUCUUCAUGAAUGGUUUGUUGAGAUGUUCCCGGAAACUGAGGCUUGGUUUACGGCAAGAUUGAGGUAUACUCGAUCUUCAGCCGUGAUGUCAAUGGUUGGAUACGUCCUUGGCCUAGGUGAUCGACAUGGCGAGAAUCUUUCUUUCGAAGAAGGUACCGGUGGACUCCUACAUGUCGACUUCAAUUGCCUCUUUGACAAAGGCCAAACAUUUGAAAAGCCCGAAGUGGUGCCUUUCCGAUUGACACACAAUAUGGUCGAUGCCUUUGGUGCUUAUGGAUACAAUGGCCCCUUCAGGAGAACCUGCGAGAUCACCCUCAGCCUUCUUCGACAAAACGAGGACGCUCUGAUGACCGUCCUCGAGACAUUCUUGCACGACCCAACGACGGAUUUUAUUGGAAAAAGGCGCCGUACUCAUGUGAAUGUGCCCGACACCCCAGCUGGUGUUUUGGAGGAUGUUCGAAACAAGCUCCGUGGCUACAUGUCUAAGCAGCCGAUCGCACUCUCUGUGGAUGGCCAGGUGGACGAGCUUAUUGUGCAGGCAACAGACAAGAGAAAGUUGGCUUCGAUGUAUAUUGGAUGGUGUUCGUUUUUCUGA